AUGGCAUCAACAUCAACACCCGCAGGAGCAGCACCAUCAGCCGUUACACCCGCCCAGCUCACCCUCUUCGCCCGUGCCAUCCUUGCCCAUCUCCGGCUCUGGCCUGCACUCCGCCUCGCCCUCCAGACAUCAACAGCACAAGGGAAGGAGAAUGUCCCACUGUUUGCGAGCGAAAUCCUUGAACUUUUCCAGAGUAAGCGUGUGGGAAUCAUGGAUGAGGAGUUCGACACUCUGGUAGAAGACGAGUCUGCCCUGGCGCUCUCCCGUGCCCUUAUUCUCACAUGGGAAAACCUCGCUUCCCCCGAGAUGGAGCCCUCUGUCAAACUAUUAGAAGAGCAGGCAGAACGAGCGGGGCGAACUCGUGUGACAGCACAGGUGCGGAAAGAGGUCGACGGGGAUGACGAUGACGAGGAGGGAGAAGAGGAGGAAGGUGAUGUAGAGAUGCAAGAUGAAGCGCCCAGGCUGGUCGAGAGGAAGGAAAAGCCAGAGCCGGUGGUGGAUGAUGACGGCUUUACCUUGGUGCAGAAGAAGAGGCGCUAG